AUGGCAAAAACAAAGAGAAAUAUUUAUUCAUACGAUCGUUUAUUUUUUUUAAUUUUUGCAGCACCUCCUCAACCACAAAUCAGUGAUUUGAUGAAGAAAUUAUUAGUACCACAGGAAGUAGUUGUUUCUCGAUUCAGAACACAAGAUGGCGAACCAAGAACUGCCGAGUUCAAAGAAGCAUUGACAAGAGGUUACUUUUUAAUUAAAUUCCCAAAGAUGUUUGGUGGUAUGGAGAUUGGUGUUUCACUCGUCAAAGCAACACCUAAAGACAAUUGUACAUAUGAAUGGACAUCGGAUUCAGUCAAAGUACAAGGUAAAGUCGAAUUUCAAUCGGUACCCGCCAGUUUCAAAGGAACUUUUAGUAUUACAACUUUCGAAGGUACAGGUUGUCUAGAUCAAACCUUCAAUCAUCAGACAACUUGUAGCAAUAAUAAUAGCAUUGGCUCAAUGGAGUAUAUUCAAAUUUGGUUAUUGGUAGUUGCUGGUCUUCGUGCUUUGGGUUUCUCACAAGCUUUAUUCAACAUUGGUAGAUUGAGAACCAAUGUUUAUUCAGGAAAUCCAACUCAAGUUACAGGAUUGACAGCUAGAUUGUUUGCAGCUUGGACAUUGAUGAGUUUUACUUUGUGUGUAGCAACAGCUUACAACCCAUACAAUCAAACAUUGUUCACUGUAACAUGGACCUCUUUUGUUUAUGCUUUACUUCACUUCCUCACAGAGACUCUUAUCUUUAAGAGUUCAUCGUUUAAAGAUGCUAUUCCACCAUUCAUCGUAGCCACAACUUCAAUUGUUUGGAUGGUACUUGUAAAAGAUUAUAAUAUGAUUAAAACAAUUGCUUUGGUUACAGGUGCAAGUAAAGGAUUUGGUGUUGCUGUUUGUCAAGAGCUAUGCAGCAGAGUUGAGAAUAUUGAUUUUCACUUGUUUGCCAGAUCACAACAAGGUUUAGAGUCAACAGAGAAGAUCAUUAAGCUUGCCAAGCCACAAUCGGAAGUCAAGCUUUUCUCAGUUGAUUUCAGCGAUCUUAAAACACUAGAGAAUGUCUGGGGUCAAUCACUUGCUCAAAUCGAUUUCAACAACUAUCAAAGAAUUUGGUUAAUCAAUAAUCAUGGUUCAUUAGGUGUUUGUAAUUAUGUUUCAGAAUUAAAAGAAUUCCAACAAAUCGAAACAGAUUUAACAAUGAAUGUCACCUCUGUCGUUCUAACAUCAUCUUUGUUCUUGAAUAGAUUCAAAUCGAGUGGUGCAGAGCUUGGUUUGAUCAAUGUAUCGUCGGGAGCAGCUGUCAAACCAAUCAGCACCUGGGGAGUCUAUUGUACUGGAAAAGCAGCUCGUCAUAUGCUAACAAGAACUAUUGCUGAAGAAAAUACAUUCAGUUGGUCACCAGGUCCAAUGGAUACUCAAAUGCAACAAGAAGUCAGAGCAAACGCAGUUGAUGCCGGUGUUAAGAAAAUCUUUACCGAUCUCUAUGAGAAUAAACAAUUGGUCGAUGUCAACGUCUCUGCCGGUAAGAUGAUCGACCUUCUAGUUAAGAACACUUAUACCUCUGGAGAGCAUUACACUGUAUAUAGUGUUUAG